AUGAUUGAUGUUACAUCAGUCCUAUCAAGGUUGUCAGUUCAGUUCCAGAAGGAUGAUAUCACCAUCAAUGAGGUUGUUUGUGGAAUUGAGAAAUCCAUUACAGAAUUAAAGAAACUGGAGAAAGGUGGAGUACACUACCAGGGAUUGUGUAACAGAUACAGUGAGCAAAAUGGCAAGCUGGUGUGCGGCAAAGAUAACAAACAAGAGCUCACUUUGACACACAAAGGCACCAACCCUAUGCUUUCCUUCCAGAAGCUCCUCAAUGGCAUAUCCUCCUAUCUUGAGAAAAGGUUUGAGUCGCUCACAACGGAACCAGUGAGCUGUUUUAAAGUGUUUGACCACAGGUUUUGGCCAAUGACUAGAGAAGACCUACUUCAUUAUGGAGAUGAUGAUGUGAAGACACUCGUCCAGCACUUUGCAGUACUUCUUUCUGAUUAAGAGAAGAAAUGUAAAAGACAACUAACUUUAACUUUAACUUUGUUAAAGACAACUAUGCAGCAAGGAACUCUUCAGGAUCUCAUGACUGUCAGUUCAUCAUCUGAAGAUAUCAAAUCCUUUGACCCAAAGCCAGCCAUCAGCAACUGGUUUCUCAGCAGUAAAAGGAAAAGGCACUUUGUUUCGGCAUCUUGCAGUGGACAUUCAAGCAUUGCAAAGGGGAAAAAUGACAGUGCUAGUGGAGCAACAGAAAUUGUAGUAGAAGGAGAGGAAGAGGAAGAAGAAAUUCUACCGCCACUUCCCGAACUGCCUGAAUAA